AUGGAGGAAGCCGAGGUCAUGAUCCAACAGCUGAUGGAGAUCUGCAGGGCGGGCGGCUUCUCGCUUAAGAAAUGGUCGGCAAACCAUUCGCUGCUGCUGAACCAAGUGGAGCCCGACGACCGCCUUCGACAAGAGGCUAGAUGGUGGCUGCCCGGCGAGAGUCACUCUACUCUCGGUCUAAGAUGGCAACCACGUGACGAUCGCUUCGCAUUCGCUACCAAAGCGAUCACACUAUCGACCUUCAGCAAACGGUCGGUACUUUCGCUGACAGCAAAGAUGUUCGACCCUCUUGGCUGGCUGGCACCAACAACGAUAUUAGCUAAAAUCUUCAUCCAGUCUAUCUGGUUGCUAGGUCUGGAUUGGGACGCUCCGCUACCUAGCGACGAAGCGAGAAGAUGGUUGCGAUUCCAGAGCGAGCUGCUAGCUCUGGAAAAAGUGAUCGUACCUCGAUGGCUGGGAGGUUUGACUGAAUCAAUGCUGGAAAUCCACGGAUUUGCCGAUGCCUCCGAGCGUGCCUACUUCGCAGUGAUCUACCUGAAGAGCAAAACAAAGGGCAUUACUAAGGUGACUCUCUUAGCUGCCAAAACCAAGGUCGCGCCAUUGAAGCAGGUAUCAUUACCUCGACUGGAGCUGUCUGCAGCGACUCUUCUGGCUCGUCUCGUCGCCCACACCUUGCCGAUCAUCGGAGCUGAAAGAGCACCUCUUUACAUGUGGUCGGAUUCCACAGUCACGCUCGGCUGGAUCCGAGGACAUCCAUCGACGUGGGCCACCUAUGUGGCCAACCGGGUCAGCGAGAUACAAAUGUUGAUCCCUGAUGCCCACUGGCAUCACGUACCAGGACGAGAAAAUCCAGCGGACUGUGCUUCUCGGGGACUAUAUCCUGGUGAGCUGGUUGACCACCCGCUCUGGUGGCAAGGUCCGGAAUGGUAUGCGACUAAGUUCUUUUAUUUUGUUAAAGAUGACAUGUGA